AUGCCGCUGGUCCCGAUCUAUAUCACUGCUGAGAACGUCAUCUUAGAGACCGUCAACGAGUUCCUCGAGGUGGCUGAGCGUGCACAGAGCCAGCACGCAGACCGCAAGCUCGACCGCUUCGCCAUUAUCACCAACGUUAGUCUAGAUAGUGACGCAUCAACCGGCGGCCCGGCCAAAGGCUUCACCUGCUUUGCCGCAGGAGGUCGUGCACGCCAGUCCCGAGGCAUGCAAUGCUUUCGCCCAGAGCCGCUUCCCGGCGCAGAAACAGCUGCUUGGCUGGGACUAGUUCGUCGCGAUGGAUGGAUUUAG